AUGUUCUGUUGCAAAAAUCAAACAAAAGAUGGAUUAGAUCUGGAGGAUUUUCGUGAGGUUAAAAAAGCAUUUAAGGAGAGACAAUUGCUUCCCAUUCCAAAUAAAAAAUUCAAUAUUUUUACAGCCUUGUUAAAAGAAUCUUCAAAAUACGAGACAAAUAUAAAAAAGAACCUCGUCAUAGCAUUUAAGGGUUGUUUAUCUAAAGGAGUUUAUAAAUAA